AUGGCUUCUACCACUAUGAAAGCUUCAUUUCCACUUUUGAUGCUGCUGGGAAUUGCUUUCCUAGCUUCAGUUUGUGCCACUUCUAGAUCCGAUCGAGAAAAUCCAUUUAUCUUUGAGUCUAACCGAUUUCAAACUCUUUUUGAGAAUGAAAACGGUCACAUCCGUCUUCUCCAAAAAUUUGACCAACGUUCCAAAAUAUUUGAGAAUCUUCAAAAUUACCGUCUUUUGGAAUAUAAGUCAAAACCUCACACUAUAUUUCUUCCACAAUACACCGAUGCUGAUUUCAUCCUUGUUGUUCUGAGUGGAAAAGCUAUACUUACAGUGUUGAAACCCGACGAUAGAAACUCCUACAAUCUUGAGCGUGGAGAUACGAUAAAACUUUCUGCUGGCACCAUUGCUUAUUUGGUUAAUCGAGAUGAUGACGAAGAUCUUAGAGUAUUAGAUCUCGCCAUUCCCGUAAAUAGACCUGGCCAAAUUCAGUCUUUCUUACUGUCUGGAAAUCAAUACCAACAAUCCAUCUUAUCUGGAUUCAGCAAGAACGUUUUAGAAGCUUCCUUCAAUACCGGUUACGAAGAGAUAGAGAAGAUUCUUUUAGAAGAGCAGGAAAAAGAGACACGACACAGAAGAAGUCUCAGGGAUAAGAGACAACAGAGUCAAGAAGAGGCUGUAAUUGUCAAAUUAUCAAGGGAACAAAUUGAGGAAUUGAGCAAAAAUGCAAAAUCUAGCUCCAAAAAAAGUGUAUCUUCUGAAUCUGAACCAUUCAACUUGAGAAGUCGCAAUCCUAUCUACUCCAACAAGUUUGGCAAAUUCUUUGAAAUCACCCCAGAGAAAAAUCCACAACUUCAAGACUUGGAUAUACUUGUCAAUUCUGUGGAGAUUAAGGAGGGAUCUCUAUUGUUGCCACACUACAAUUCAAGGGCUAUAGUAAUAAUAACUGUUAACGAAGGAAAAGGAGAUUUAGAACUUGUGUCUCAAAGAAAUGAGAACCGACAAGGGCAGAGAAAAGAAGAUGACGAGGAAGAGAAAAAAGGAGAAGAAGAGAUAAACACAGAAGUGCAAAAUUAUAAAGCGAAGUUGUCUCCAGGAGAUGUUGUUGUAAUUCCAGCAGGUCAUCCAGUUGCAAUAAAAGCUUCCUCAAAUCUCAAUUUGCUUGGAUUUGGUAUCAAUGCUAAGAACAACCAGAGAAACUUUCUUGCAGGCAAGGAGGACAAUGUGAUUAGUCAGAUACAACGACCAGUGAAAGAGCUUACAUUCCCUGGAUCAGCCCAAGAGGUUGAUAGGUUAUUAGAGAAUCAGAAACAAUCUUACUUUGCAAACUCUCAAUCUCAACAAAGAGAGAUAGGAAGCCGUGAAACAGUAAACCGUCUAUCUUCAAUUUUGGAUACUUUUUAA